GCAAAUUUAAAUUCCGUUUCAUAACCUUUAAAUAUUUAGUUUUAAUGGCAAUGACGUCAUGACACUUGUUGGAAUUUUUAAUCACAGUAUUGUUAUAUAUUUAUUUAAUUGUUAUUUGUACUAUUAUUAGUUUAUUUAUUUAGAAAAUGGCAGAUAUGUCAGCGGUACCACUCAUUGCAUUAUCUUCAGAAUCAAAAUUUUUAUUAUCAACUCUAUUAAAUCCUAUUAAAUGUAUUCCUACUGACGAUGGAUAUCCAAGAGAUUGGCGAGGAAUUGCUGAUUUAUUUUCAUUUGGCGGUGAAUUAAUACCAGCGAUAGCUUCUAAUCCAGAUCCAAUAUCAUUUAUUCUAGAUGUUGUGACUAAAAAAAAUCCAAAAACUGUCAUAAAAGAUCUACAAAUUGUAUUAGAAAAAAUAGAACGUUGGGAUGUUGUCGAUGAUACUCAGCCAGUAUUUGUUAAAGAUGCUCAAAAAUAUUAUGACCAUAUGGAGAGAAAUGAAACGUCUGCUGAAAUGACUGAUAAUAAUAUUGACAGCAAAAUGUUGACUGUUGAUGAUCUAUAUAGAGUCAAAGCUGGUUUAUCAAUGCAGCGAUACGAUGCAUUUUUACUUUUUGCUGAUGAGGAUACUAAUUUUGUUGAACAAAUUAUUGAAUAUUUAGAACAAAAACAUAAUCUCAAGCUUUGUAUCAAAGACAGAGAUUUAAUAAGCGGAAUAACAUUUGAACAUACGGCAAUAAUGAAAUUAAUAUCUGAACGCUGCAAUAGAUUAAUUGUUGUACUAUCUCCCAAUUUUAUAAAAAGUACUGCCAAUGAAUUUUUUUUAAAUUAUGCUCAAGCUAUUGGUAUAGAACAAAAUCAUCGAAAAAUAAUACCAUGUUUGUACCAACAAUGUGAAUUACCUCCUCAAUUAAAAUAUACUUUACUCCUUGAUUACAACAGAUCUAAACUCUAUGACUUCUGGGGAAGACUAAAAGAUUCUGUUAGAACAGUAGCUAAUGAUACUCUUAAAAAUGAUUCAGUGGAUACGAAGUGUGAAGACGUAAAAAUAAACCUACCAGAAGUUCCAAGUACUUCGACUUUGUCAUUAAAUUCUGAAAUGACUCCCACGACUUCGAAAGAAACAUCUACAGGAGUUGCAAAGACUAAAUCAAAAUUGCUUUCUUGGACGAAGAAAAAUUUAAGCCCCAAGUCGGCUCCGCCUACAAAUUUAUCGUCUGAUGACAGUCAGAAUGAUUUAAUUAAAAAACUUCCUUCGUUAGAAGGUUUAGACAGCCUAGAAUCUUCAUCGAUUUCGAUGGAAAAAACUUCAAAGAAAGUUAAAAAACACAAAAGUAUAAAAGCUUGUGCUAAAAAAAUAAAAUCAUUUGUCAUUAAAUCUUGACAAGUUACAAAAAAUAUACAAUUAAAACUGUGAUAUCUGAAAAAAUAUAUAUACAUGUAUAUAUAUUUGAUAAAUAUUUUUAUCAGUUUAUUUUUACAAAUGAAAAAAUUUUAAUCGAAAUUAUUUUUGUGGUAUCGAUGAAUAAAUAAAAUGAGUAAAUGUAUCAGACAUUAGAUAAAUUUUAAAUAAUUAAUGAAAUGAAAUUUUUAAAAAAUGGGCAUUUACGAAAUUUAAAAAUUAAUAAGUGUAUUUUUUAUAAAUAU